GCUGACAACUGUGAACAACUCGGAUCUCCGUCCGCAAAUGCUGGUGAGAGGAGAGGGACACAGAAGAGUUCACAUGUGAGAGAACCUCACAGGAUCACUGAUUCACACAUGGCUGGAACAUCUCAUGCAAGUCUACUGUAUGAAGAUUAACAUUAUUUGUGAGGACUCUCUCAGUGGAUGGAGAAGGUUUAGUCUAGUUUAGUCCAGUGGGGAACAGCUCUCCAUCAUGGAUCCAUUCGACAAGCUGAGCAGAGAGAAACUGAUCUUCUACCUGACGGUUCCACUCUCUUCAAUCAUCAUCUUCUCCAACCUCUUCAUUAUCAUAGGCAUCGCCUGCAACCGGCAGCUGCACAACACCCCAAACUACUUCUUCUUGAGUCUGCUGGUGGCCGACUUGUGCACCGGCAUCACCUUGCCUUUCAUUCCCCGCAUGACACUCGACCGGCAUCUGGACUUCAAGCAUUGCAUGGUGAUGUACAUCUUCCCCAACUUUCUGUUCUUGUCGUUCCUCUUCAAUCUGGUGAUGGUGCAUUACGAGCGCUACCUGUGUAUCGUCAGCCCGCUCCACCACAGCCAGUUCUGGGUUCACCGCUGCUUUCCCUUGGCCUUAUUAACCGUUUGGCUCCCGCCGUUGCUAUACGCGUCCCUCCCUGCUUUUGGAUGGAAUAAUUGGGUGGAACCCAAUGCCAACAAGAGCUCCAACCCAAACGAGACGUUAUUGAGAUCAACCGCAGUUGGUAACACUUCCAAAGAGGAUGAGGUUUGCUCCUACAAACAGGUUUUUCCCAAGGCUUUCAUUUAUCUGGAAGUGUGCGGACUGGUUCUGCCGGCCAUGCUGUCCAUCGUGGGCAUGAUGGGACGGGUGUUGUGGAUCGCACACAAGCAGCUGCAGAAAAUCUGCAAGCUCCACCGGGCCGUGGACCGACUUCAGCAGCAGCAGCCGACGGACCACGAGCAGCAGCUUAACCUGCGCUACGCCAAAUGCGUGGCCGCCGUGUCCCUCACGUUCUUGGUCUGCUGGGUGCCGUAUAUCAUCUACCAACUCAUGUCCGUGACGGCUCUGCAGAGCGGGGUGAGCUUGCCAAGCUCCUCUCUGUACAUCAUCAUGUCCUGUACGGGAAUCGGGAGCAUGGCCAUCAUUCCGCUGAUACUGGGACUGGCCAACAAGCAGUACACUGAGCCCAUCCGCAUGGUGAUGCGGAAACUGAGAAACCGCUGGAGAGGAGGACAGGACAACAGGGAUAUUGCGCUUUGACGAGUGGACAAUGAGUCAUAGGAUGUUUCAAUUGAAGGUUCUGUCAUGCAUUAAAUGCUUUAUAUAAACUACUGUUUAAAAGUUUGGGGUCGGUAAGAUCAUUUAUGCUAAAAAAAGGCUACGUU